CACACACACACAGGGUAAGUUCUCUUGCCUUCUGCUGAGUCUCUGCCCUUUUCCAGCUUCACUUUUUGUCGGGAUGUACUCUAGAUAGACUGUAUGUUCUAAUUAUUCCCGGAUAUCCUGAAGGAUUUCUGAUCCGGCUCUGAGUGAAGUGAGAGACGGUUAAAGUCUUGUUUUUAUAAACAGUGGCUUUGACAAAAAAGACAGGAUGUGGAGCUGGAGGUAGCAGAGCUGAAGAUGCUGAUUUGACAAGAAAUUUUUGGAAGAGGAGGAUGAUGCUGUUCAAAGCGAUCAUCCUGUGCUUACUGCACAUGGCAUCAUUUGGCCAGGCGCUGGACUGUCAUAAAAUAGAAGAAUGCCCAAUAGACUUGUACUUCGUUAUCGAUACAUCCGAGACCAUUGCCCUGCAGGAGCCACCCCCAGGCAGCUUGGUUGACAGCAUCACAAAUUUCACUCGGUUAUUUGUCGAAAAGCUGGAAGACCAUGAGUACAAGGGCAAGGUGAAGAUCAGCUGGACUGUCGGUGGACUCCACUUCUCCAUGAACCAGUCGAUCAUUAGCGAACUUACCACCAAGGAUCACUUCAUUUCCGAAUUAAAGAAGGUCCGCUACUUAGGCAAGGGCACCUUCAUUGACUGUGCCAUCAAGAGAAUGUCUGAGGAGAUCAUGAUCAAACCUUUAGGUGCGACCAUACACAACAAGACGCAACGCUUUGCGGUCGUCAUCACCGACGGUCACGUGACCGGGAGCCCCUGCGAUGGCAUCAAAAUGGCAUCAGAGCAGGCUCGGGAAAAGGGCAUCAAGUUAUUCUCCAUAGCAUCCUCUAACAACCUGGAUGAAAUCGGCCUUCAAGAAAUCGCUAAUUCUCCUGCUGGGGUUUACCGCGACAAAUUCAUGGCUGUCGAUCUCUCCAGAGGACGACCUGAGAUUUUGACCAAGCACAUUGACCGCAUUUUAAACACCAUGCUGCACCUGGCUUAUCAAGAGUGCUACAGUGUAAAAUGCCUUCAAACACAAGGACAACGUGGUCCAGAUGGUCCCAGUGGACAGAAAGGAGCCAAAGGAGACAGUGGUCCUACAGGUCCUAAAGGUCUCAAAGGACAACCUGGUGAUCCUGGUAUUGAAGGUCCUAUUGGUUUCCCUGGACCCAAAGGAGAACGUGGUCCCAAAGGGGAAAGGGGAGAAAUUGGCUCACAAGGAAGGAGGGGAGUUCCAGGGUUUCCAGGACGCAAUGGUACUGACGGGCAUAAGGGCAAAAUUGGCCGUAUUGGGGCUCCUGGCUGUAAAGGUGAACCGGGUGACAAAGGUCCUGAUGGAUAUCCUGGAGAUGUAGGAGAUAGUGGCCCAAAAGGAACUGAUGGAGAGAAGGGAGAUCCUGGUAGACCUGGGAGAGCAGGACCGUCGGGCGAUCCAGGAGAUGCUGGCCCCAAGGGUGAAAGAGGUAGUCCAGGCACACCAGGUACCCCUGGUCAGAAGGGUCCUAAAGGGACUGCUGGAGGUCCUGGACCUAAAGGUGACCCUGGAAGAAGAGGAGACUAUGGACCCAAAGGAAGUCCGGGACCAAAUGGAUCACCCGGGGAAAAGGGUGAACCAGGAUCUGAAGGUGUAAGAGGUUUUGCGGGUGAAAACGGCAGUAAAGGAACCAAGGGAGAUCAAGGACUUCCAGGACCAAGAGGUCCAGCAGGAGCAAUCGGAGAACCAGGAAGAAACGGAAGCCGUGGUGACCCUGGUGAAGCUGGCCCAAGAGGCGAACCAGGACCUCCAGGACCGAUUGGUGACAAUGGCAGACCAGGAUUCAGCUACCCUGGACCAAGAGGACAAACGGGUGAGCCUGGAGAUAAAGGUAGACCUGGAGCUCGGGGAAGCAGAGGAGACUGCGGUCAAAAGGGAGACCCGGGACAGAAAGGAGUACCAGGAGCUCCUGGAGAGCCUGGACCUCAAGGUGAGCCUGGAAAAAGGGGUCUUAUUGGAGACCCAGGUAGAAAGGGUGAUCCUGGUAAUGACGGAGACCCAGGCCUUACAGAAUGUGAUGUCAUGAACUAUAUCAGAGAGACCUGUGGGUGUUGUGAUUGUGAGAAGAGGUGUGGCGCUUUGGAUAUUGUAUUUGUGAUUGACAGCUCUGAGAGUGUGGGACUAACAAACUUCACCCUGGAGAAGAACUUUGUAAUCAACACCAUCAACAGAUUGGGUUCAAUAGCUAAAGACCCCCACUCUGAGACAGGAACACGUGUUGGUGUGGUCCAGUACAGUCACAGUGGAACCUUCCAGGCCAUCCAACUAAAUGACUCCAAGAUCGAUUCCCUUUCAGCUUUCAAAGAAGCGGUGAAGAAUCUGGAGUGGAUUGCCGGUGGCACGUGGACUCCGUCCGCCCUGAAAUUCGCCUACGAUACCCUGAUUCGCGAUAGCCGCCGUUCCAAGGCUAAAGUGACCGUGGUGGUGAUCACAGAUGGUCGCUUUGACCCCCGGGAUCAAGACGCACUCUUGAAUUACCUCUGCACGGAUAGCAGCAUUGAUGUAAACGCCAUCGGUGUGGGAGACAUGUUUGAGAAGGAACAGGAGUCCGAGAGCUUAAAGUCCAUUGCUUGCAACAAGAAAGACAGGGUGACGGGCAUGAAGCGGUUUGCUGAACUGGUAGCAGAGGAGUUCAUUGACAAGAUUGAGACCGUUCUCUGCCCAAAUCCUGUGAUCGUCUGCCCUGAGCUUCCAUGCAAAUCUGAGCCAGCAGUGGCCAGUUGUGUUCAACGCCCUGUUGAGCUUGUAUUCCUGGUGGAUGGCUCUGAGCGCAUGGGCUCGGAUAACUUCCAGAACGUCCGUGAGUUUGUGGAAAAGGUGGCUUACCGCCUGUCCUUGGCUCAAAAUGCCAAGGACAAGAAUAAUGCCCGUGUAGCUCUGCUACAGUACGGCGGUGAAACCCGUCAGGAGGUGGCCUUUAAACUUACUCACAAUUUCACCGUCAUCACUGAAGGUCUCUCAACCUUAAAGUACAUGGAUUCGUCUUCCAACGUGGGCAGCGCCAUCAUCUACGCCGUCAACAACAUCCUGCAGAGUGGAAACACCCGUUUGGCUCGUAACAACGCCGAAAUCUCCUUUGUCUUCAUCACUGACGGAAUCACAGACAAGAAGAACCUGGAGGAAGGUUUAAGCUCCAUGCGUCGGGCAGAAGGUGUGCCCACUGUGAUCGCCAUGGGCAGAGAUGAAGCCAUUGACAAGGAAGUGCUGAUGAAGCUCGCUCUUGGAGACCAGACAGCUAUUUUCAAAGGAAAGGAUUACUCCCAACUGUCCAGACCCAGCUUCUUUGAACGUUUCAUUCGGUGGGUCUGCUGAGGGAGAUACCUUAGGGGGGUGUCCCAGGUUCACACAUUUGUUUAAGGGGGGGAAUUGGUGUGUUAUUGGAGUCCGCUUGAUCAUUGGAGUCAUUAUCUGAAUUUGCAGUAUGUAUCUUUCAUGUAUGGUCUUGAAUUCGAUUUUUUUUUUUUUAUUGACCGACUCUUCAGGUUUAAUAGAAUGGGUUUCAUAUGUUUACUUAAUAUUGUACCAAUGGAUUUGGGAGAACAGGGGGAACAAGAAGACACUAGAGUAAAGUAAACUGACAAAUUUCUGACUGAAUGUUAAACUUGUCUACUGCCAUUGUAGUGUUCUUUUGGUAAAUUUUCUGUAUUUUUAACCGAAUUACCUGGAUCAUUUUGUAUACACACUAAAGGUGCUAAUCUAGAGCAAGACUGGAGAUUUUUCCUGUAUAACCAGCAAGACGUUUCCACAUAUCAGCAGAAACCAUUCAGGAUUGAAUGAAGCCAUUUUGACUCUCAGUGUCAGUCCAAGUCAGGUUCAAUGUCAGGCUUCAUGCUACAACUCAACAAGUUUGCCAUCGUCGUUUUUACUUACGGAACACAGGGAACCAGUCACACAACAGCUUCUUUCUAUGAGUCACAGAUAACAAAAAAAAUAGUCUGUAAUUAAUGAGUGCACUCCUGCUUGGGUACAUGUGAUGUGUUUCAAGUCUUCAUAUUAAGUGAUUAUUAAAGGCUUUGUUCAUGUACUUAAUUGUAAACGAAACAAUGACCACAAAUGAUACGCCGUCUUCAAGUCUUUCAGCAAACAUCCUGAUUAGAUGUAGUCGGAAAAUUUCUACAAAUUCAUGAUCGGUGUUUUUGGAAUUUAUUUGCAACUUUCUGUAGACACUCGAAGGAUGAAAUCAUUGUCAACUUCAGUGUUAGUACACAAUAAAUCAGGUUGUGGUAAAAAAAAAAAAA